CUUUUCUCUGCUGGCCCAAUUCCCUUUUUCAUGCCUGCCGUCAUCUCCAACUGCUCUGUCACUCUUUUCUGAAUAGGCCAUGGCAAGGUCACUCUUUACCACCGCCGUCAUCUCCGGCUUGUUGGCGCACACGGCAACCGCCAGCGUAACCUGCAGCAAUGAGGUUGUCAACGCCUUUUCCAACCCGUCCUUCGAGACUGGCGAUGCGUCGGACUGGACUGCCUGGAUCGCCUCGGCGACGGCUACGACCAUGGGCGAUGUCCUUUCCGGGGAUGCGUCGGAUGGCACUUAUUACCUGUCUAUCAAUGCGGACCCCUACUAUUGGAAAUACAUCAAGCAGACCGUGACUGGGCUGGAGGUGGGGAAGACUUAUUCCUUGUCGGUAGACUACAAGCUCACCGCUGCGGCGGCGAGUAUUCCCACCAUCUACAACAAGUGCAAUUUCGGGUGGAUGUUGGAUAGAUGGAGCAACUUCUUCGAUGAAACCAGUACGGCUGCGAUACUCAGUGGUGAAGAGGCGGAGUGGGCGACCUACACCGCCGCCUUCACCCCGACCAGCUCUUCGCACACCAUGAUGUUCCUGUUUUCCUGCAACGACUAUACCACUUAUACCUUUGACUUGGAUAAUUUCCUCUUGCCGGUAUCCACCCAGCAGGUGUGCACCACCUCCGCGGAGGUGGUUACCCCGACCACGAGUGUGGUGGCUAUCUCGCCAUCCAGUGUUCCUCCCAGUAGUGCUGUGGGCGCCUCACCAACGCCAUCAUCCGUGUCGCCUGCUUCGUCCGUGGCGGUCAUUUCCAGUACUGUUUCACCGAUCUCGUCUUCAAUAGUACCGAGCAGUCCGGCAUCUACACCCACCACGUUGUCGCCUUCUGCAAUGUCUUCCGCUCAGGCUACCCCCACAGUGUCCGUGGCAUCAAGCUCAAGUGCGGUUGCGUCGAGUCCUGCUGUCUCGUCUCAGUCGGUCGUCUCUGCCAGCUCGAGUGUCUCGAUUCCUGUCAUAAGACCAUCGCAAUCCACGGCCAACUCCGUGAUCCCGCCACGCAGCUCGCCCAUACGAUCAUUGUCUUCCUCCGUUCAAUCAUCUAGCCCAGUUGUCUCCGCUGCCUCCUCUCAUCCGGUCGUGACACGUUCGGCCGGCCAGUCCUCAGCACCCGGACUCACCUCAUCCCCAAUUCGGACAUUCGCUACCUCUCUUUCCCAACCGGGCAGAAUCCCGUCCAGCGCACCUCACGUGAGCUCCUCACAACUCAUCAUCCCCACAGCCACUCCUUCAAUCUCCGCCCAGGAAAGCAGAACCACCAUUAUAUCUGCUUCCGCAGACACCGGCGCAUUCGUCACAUCCACGCUUCUCACCACCCGCACCGCAACCGUGACAGCCUGCCCGUCAAGCGUGGCCAACUGCCCGGCCAGCGAGCGCACCACCUAUCUUACGACCGAAACAGUGGUCAUCGGAACCACCAUCUGCCCCGCCACAAUGCCUGCCGGCCAGCCUACAGCCUCUGCCGGGGCAGACCCCGAAGGCGAGCUCCUGACCACCUCGACAUUCUUCACCACCCGCACCUCAACCAUCACCGCCUGCCCGUCCACCGUCACAAACUGCCCGGCCUCCGCGCACAGCACGUACGUGAUCACCGAGACUCUGGUCGAUUAUACGACCGUGUGCCCGAUCACCGCCACCCAAACCGCGGCACCCACCGCUCCGGGUGCUGGGGUUGUAGGUACCGGAACGGCCGUCGUGCCUGCACAGACCGUGUCGGCGGGUGACUCGGCUGCGACCGCCGUAGCCCAUACGGUCUCGUCGGCGGUGGCGCCCGCAGUGACGCAGCCCGCGGCGGAGAGUGACGAGGUGGUCUCGACUAUCUACGUGACUGCGACUGUUACUGUGGAUUGCUCGAAUUGAUUUGGUGGUGGAGGGUCUUUCUUGCCCUUGUCACAGUACAUUUAUUGUUAGUAUUAGGUAUGCC